AUGGCCGAGGAGCAUCAGCUUAUCGAUAGCUCGGAUCUUGGAGUUUUUGAUUCGGACUGGGGUUGGCUUGAUACUAGUAGUAAUCCCUUGUACUACUCCCAGGCAAAUCAAGGUCCCGUGGAUGGACUCGGAAUUACAAAUGAACAGCAACACAUACAACCUAUUUACUCACCUUUCGACUAUCUCAGCCCUGACACCGGGUUUUUGGGUUCGGUAUCAACAUCCGAUGUGAACCUGGAGGGGGCCGAGAUCGGCCUGUCAACGUCAACUGGAAAUAGUCCACUUUCACCUCUUCAGUCUGGAACUUAUAGUCCAUCGAUGGGAUAUGUCAGUCCAUACAUGCAACAUGGAACUCCAAGGAAUCCCCCGCUGUCUCACCCGCCGUCUGGGGUGAAUACCCCACCACGGGGUCUCCCGAGACGGCGAAGUCGCUAUUUCAUGCCUCGAUCAACAUCCAAGCAGACGAGCAAUCCGAUUAUGAUUCCAAGUGCACCUCAAACAGAGCAGUCUCUCGACCCGAUGCAAAGAUGGCAAGAAUCACCGCCAGAAGACGAGCCAGCCUCUAUGUCCGCUAUCAUGGAUGCUGUCAACAACGCAGUCAUCCAGGAUAAUGCUCGACUUUCCGAUUACCCCAGCACGGCCUCGGAAACGAAUAGCCGUGGUGGAUCGAUAGAUGCUUUCCGUCAACACCGUGGGCGCCCUUCAUCCACAAGCGGUGACAGUGGUACCAGCAUCUCGUCUAAGUUCUCCGGUGCCUCGCACCGUUCUGCGGGCUCGGGAGUUUCUGGUGGCUCCUUGAGCCAUAAGUCACAAGCGCGAGUAGGCAAGUCACGUCAGACAAGAGGGCAAAUCAAGGGCCAGACGAAGGGACAGACAAAGGCGAGUCAAGAUACACGAAGAAGAUACUGCUGUACAUUCUGCUGCGAUCGCUUCAAAAGCAAGUAUGACUGGGCUCGGCAUGAGAAAUCACUCCAUUUGAACCUGGAAAAAUGGGUCUGCACCCCAUUUGGCGGCGUCGUCUUCUCAUCUACCACCAACAGAACACACUGCGCAUACUGCCAUGCCCUGGAACCCAGUUCCGAACACCUUUCGCUACAUAAUCAUCUCGCUUGCCAAGGAAAUAAUCCCGAAUUUCGUCGAAAGGAUCACCUCACUCAACAUCUGCGCCAUACACAUAAACUCAAAGUCAUGCCUCUGAUCGAUGAUUGGAAAAUAGCUGGACCGGCUGUAUCAUCACGGUGUGGAUUCUGCGAAACCACAAUGAGCACCUGGGCCGAGCGGAUCGAACAUUUGGCUGGACACUUCCGCGGAAGCACAACAAUGAAAGAAUGGCGCGGCGAUCACGGCUUUGCGCCGUUCAUUGCUGCACAGGUUAAGAACUGGAUGCCGCCUUAUAUGAUUGGAUCCGAGUCACAUAGUCUGAUUCCAUUUUCUGCGACCGACUAUAAUGUUCGGGAUCACCUGAACCAGAUCUCUGCUCGGGUACAUGAUGAAGAGACCUUUACGGAACAGGUCGAUCUCCCCACGCUGGACGAGAUUCCGCCGAGAUCACAGUUGAGUUCGUUCACGGAGGUUUUGACGAAGCAUCUCAGUCAGUAUGCGCAGCGGCAGAUGAAGUUGGGGAUUGUCCCGACGGAUGAGAUGUUCCAGCGGGAAUCUAGGCGCAUUGUUUAUGAUACCGAGGACUCUUGGAAUCAGAGUAUUGCGGAUAAUUCGGAGUGGUUGGAUGCUUUUAGGAGGUUACAUUGUCAGCCAAUGCAGAUGGCUGAAAGUUCGCAGGUGGAUGAGAAUGGAUUGCCGCAUGAGAUGGCUGGUUCAUCAUAUGCCGCAGAAUAA